AUGCAAACUGCAGCAGUGAACGCCGCGGAGGAGCCGAAGGACGAGAAAGUCGCCGAGCUCCUGGCGAGAUCCGGCGUCACUGGAGACAGUGCUGACCUCAGUGACGAGGGCCUCCAGAUGGUCUUGGCUCUGCAAAGCGAGGUGGAGCUGAGGAGCUUCCUGCUGCGGAUACUGGGCAAAGACUGGCGGCAGGUCAAGACAGACGACGCAAGCCAGCAAGAACUUGUCUCUUUUGCAAAGGGCGUCAGCGGAGGCAUGGUGGGGGAAGCUUUGGCAAGUUCUAGGCCCACGGUGUCCGCAUUGGAUGCAGCUGCAAUGGCAUCGAAGGACUUCUCCAAAGAUCUUCUUGCGUUACAGAAGACCAACCAGAGGCUGAUGGGUGGCAUGAUUUGCAUGGGUCUAUUGGCCUUGGUGACGUGUGGUGUUUCAAUUGCUGUGGCAGUGCUGGUGCAGGAUUUCACGGACUCUCAGGAAGGGAGUGCCAGCAUGGCCAUCUCAGCAAACGACGUGCUUUUGGUGCAAGAUGCCUGGGCCGACGCUGUCCUGAGCAUCUCAAACACCUACCUUGGUGGUGGUGACUUCGUGGCAGUGGCAGGAGCAGCAGCAGCCGAACUCUACGGCUAUGGCCACUCCGACGUGCUCUUCAAACCAACGUUGGCAUCCGUGAACCAGUUCCGGCCGACUGCGACUGGUGCCUUGUCGUACUUUGUGGGGAGCUCAAACGUUGCGAAUGGUUAUGCGGAGGAUGGCGGCUUUGCCAUCAAUGGUGGCAAGGGUUGGUCUGCAGUGGUCUUUGAGAACCACCAGAUCGAGAUCAGUGGCAACGUUGCAGCUGCCAUGGGUAAUUACUACUUCACCAGUGCCGACGAUGGCAAAGUCUCCAAGGUUGAGUACAGCUUCGGCUACAAGAGGAGCGAGGGCGGUAAGUUGCGGAUCUUCCUCCACCAUUCUUCCAAGCCCUACGAAAUGCCCAUCUCUCGGGCAGAGGUGCUUGCUGUGCAGGAUGCCUGGGCCAAUGCUGUCGUGAACAUAUCAAACACCUACCUUGCUGGUGGCGACUUCGUGGCAGUGGCAGGAACAGCAGCAGCCGAACUUUACGGCUAUGGCCACUCCAACGUGCUCUUCAAACCAACGUUGGCAUCCGUGAACCAGUUCCGGCCGACUGCGACUGGUGCCUUGUCGUACUUUGUGGGGAGCUCAAACGUUGCGAAUGGUUAUGCGGAGGAUGGCGGCUUUGCCAUCAAUGGUGGCAAGGGUUGGUCCGCUGCUGUCUUUGAGAACCACCAGAUCGAGAUCAGUGGCAACGUUGCAGCUGCCAUGGGUAAUUACUACUUCACCAGUGCCGACGAUGGCAAAGUCUCCAAGGUUGAGUACAGCUUCGGCUACAAGAGGAGCGAGGAUGGUAAGUUGCGGAUCUUCCUCCACCAUUCUUCCAAGCCCUACGAAAUGCCCAUCUCUCGGGCAGAGGUGCUGGCUGUGCAGGAUGCCUGGGCCAAUGCUGUCGUGAACAUCUCAAACACCUACCUUGCUGGUGGCGACUUCGUGGCAGUGGCAGGAGCAGCAGCAGCCGAACUCUACGGCUAUGGCCACUCCAACGUGCUCUUCAAACCAACGUUGGCAUCCGUGAACCAGUUCCGGCCGACUGCGACUGGUGCCUUGUCGUACUUUGUGGGGAGCUCAAACGUUGCGAAUGGUUAUGCGGAGGAUGGCGGCUUUGCCAUCAAUGGUGGCAAGGGUUGGUCUGCAGUGGUCUUUGAGAACCACCAGAUCGAGAUCAGUGGCAACGUUGCAGCUGCCAUGGGUAAUUACUACUUCACCAGUGCCGACGAUGGCAAUGUGUCCAAGGUUGAGUACAGCUUCAAUUACAAGCGGAGCUUCCGCUGCGUCCUUCAGCAGCCUACGAGAACAGCUGAGGCGCGCGGCUGGUGUGGCACGGCCCGGGGGCUCGCGGACCCAUGGCUCGGCAUGAUCCCGGAAGUUCCCUCCCUGUGGACGGAGGCCCUGGAUGUGCUCCGGUGCAUGGGAGAGGGCCGGCUGCUGCCGAAUGCCCCCCGAUGCUGUGCCGUGCAGGCUCGCUGCGACCGAGCGGGGCGCUGGAAGGAGUCCGCUUUGUUCUUGGAGCGCAUGGCCGUGGCGAGCAUCGAGCUGGGUGCUAUUGCCUAUGGGACGGCUGUCAAUGGCUGCCGGCGGGCUCAGGGCCUUUGGCCCAGGGCCUUGGCUCUGCUAAGGGAGCUGGGGGUCUUAGGCUGCGAGGUCAGCGAUAUCGCGAUAAACACAGGCCUAAAUUCUUGCAGUUACGGCUACGAAUGGGAGCAGGCCUUGCAUCUUCUGGGCCUCCUGAAAGCCAGCGAUCCCAAGCAGUCGACCACUGCAGCGAACACCGCGGCGAAGGCCUGCGAAAGCCAACUGCGCUGGGAUUUAGUUCUCGAGCUCCUGACUCCUUUGAUGGCUGGGUGUAGAGUGGAUGUUUUCAGCUGCUCCACUUCCGUGAGCGCCUGUGGGCGCGGAAGCCGCUGGGAGGCGGCGCUCCUGCUGUGGCAGGGCUAUGACAGGCUUGGGGUGCCUUUGAAUGCCGUGGCCUAUGGAGCCCUCUGCAGUGCUUUGAACCUGGGAAGACCAGAACUUUGUGGAGGCCUUUUGGAGGAGAUGCGAAGGAAGCAGCUGCAGCCAAGCCUUAUCAUUUGCAACGUGGCCCUCUCCAGCUUCCAGGAGCUUGACCUUUGGCCUGCCUCUUUGCAGCUUCUCCAGGAGAUGGAUGCAUCCGGGCCCGCGCCCAACAUCGUGAGCCUUCGGACCGCAGCUGCUGCACUAGUGGAGCAGCGGGUCAGGAGGCUCGGCAUAGAUGCCCGGCCGCUGCUGGGACGGCUGGGCUUGGCGGUGCUUCGGCUCCUGCAGCAAGAAACCUGGACACCACCGCCGGACCGCCCAAGAUUUUCCGGCUUUGUGCCCUUGACCUCCAGUUUGGAGGCCAUGGAAGUUAUUUUAGAGCACGGCGCGGAUGGCGUCCUCGCAGUCGCAGUGGGCCGUGCCCUUCACCGUGCUUUGGCACCCGGCCGCAAGGCUCUGUUCCGCCUUGUUGAAGCCGCCGCUUUCGAAGACGUCGAUUCCUUGGAGUCUUUGUUUGGUUUGGGGGUGGACGGGACGCAGGCUGUGCUGCGGGCUUUGGGCGUGGCAUCUGCUAGCUGGGCGCCCUUGGCUCGUUUGCGCAGCCGCCGUGCCCAACUUGGGCUCCCAGCUGACCGACGGCCGACUGCCCAGACGACGCUGGCAUGGAGGGCUCUUUGCCUCAAAAGAGGCUCCAAUGCACAGUUCAGUCGCGCCGGGACUGCUGUGCGAUAUGGCCCGUCUGCGGGUGCAGCAUCUGCACUGUUGAAGCCCAUCCGCGUAGAGCAUGACCGUGCGUUGCAUCCCGAGCGCCGCGCACUUGCCUCUAUUAUGGCGGAUCUGAUCGCCGGGGCCAUGGGGGGCCGCCUUGCAAAGCUCAAGGCGGCUGUAAAGGAGCUUCCCGUGGGUAGAGCUGAAGCUGGGCCUCGUGGCUUCAUUAACUGGAAAGAGGUUUCCACAACCAUGUUGAGUCCGGGGGAGGACCGACUGAAGGUGGCUGUCGCCAUGGAGAACGAGGACGUGGAUGUCAUCCUCGAAGUUCGAGAUGCCCGAGCACCCUUCACUUCUGCUCAGUUCGAGCUGACCACAAACCUUCCCAGCAACGUGCAGCGCCUGGUGGUAUUGAACAAGGCCGACCUGGUGACGCCCAAUGUGGGACUGGCUAUGCGGGGCCUCAUCGAGGAGGCAGGGCAACCCUGUCUUCUGACGACGGCGGCGGAGAACAGGAAUCUGAUCAAGAUCAAGCAGUUUGCUCUAGACAACGUGCGAUCGAAGCAUCCGCGAACCCUCGGAGUGAUGCUGAUGGUGGUGGGCCUGCCGAAUGUCGGGAAGUCGACGAUCAUCAGCGGGUUGAAGAGGGUCGCCUUUGCAACCCUGCGCCAUCAAGGGCCAAACAGCAAGCUGAUGCAGGGAGUCAAGUGGACGGAGCCGAAGAUGAGCAACGUCCCAGGCUUGACAAGGGAUGUGUCCUUCUUUCAGCUCAGCAACCAUCCACGGCUUUACUGCUACGACACCCCAGGGGUCUCCCUGCUGAAGAGACGGAACGACCCAGAACGCAAUGCCAAGCUCGGCGUCCUGAAGUGUAUGCCUGAUCACAUCGCUGGAGAGGCAUACCUGGCAGACUAUCUGCUCUACCGCUUGAACAGGGACCACAUCAUGGAUUAUGUGCGGGAGCUAGAGCUCCCCGGCCCCACCAACGACAUCCGCUACCUCUGCGCGCACAUCUCCGCCCAUUCGGCUGAGAGUGUUGAUAAGAGUUCGUGCUUACGAGGCUUUAAGGUGGGAUUUGGAGUUAAGGAUUUAGAGUUUGGUGUCAUGCAACUGUUGAAAGUUUCGCGUAUGUUUGCACUGUCUCGGAAAGCAGACAAUCAAUUUCCUUGGACUGAGCCAAGAUUGAAAGAACUGCCUAGGCACUGCUGGCGCAUCGGAACAACAAUCAGGCGCACCGAAGCCUCAUCAUUUAGAAGGCAGUGUAUUGAGCUACUGCGAUGGUCAGUUCGCUGUUCAUCGCUCUGCAGAUUUGUUCAAGCAGUACAGGCCGUGCAUCCGGUAAGCGCCAUAGUCUGCCUAAUGCUUGAGUCAGGCUCGCAAGUCUUUCCAGCCCCAACUCCAUGUGGUCCUCGCAAGACCCUGCAACUCUACAUAGGAGCUUCUAGACUCUAA